AUGAAGAGGAAAUAUUUGGUAGCAUUAGAUGGAUCAGAGAAUGCGGAAUAUGCUUUAUCCUGGUCCCUUGAAAAUUUAGUUAAUCUGAAAGAGGAUGAAUUACUAAUUUUGAGUGUUGGAUUGUUGAACGAAGGGACUCCUUAUGAAUAUACGGCUGCCACAAGUAAAUAUUCGAAUCAA